AUGAAGGAAGACACGAAGAAAGACUCCAUCACUAAUACGGAUGAAAAGGACGUUCAGAUCGGCACCAUCACAGACCUCGAUGAGGGCGAAGUCUUUCUUCGUGAUCAUGGUUUCAGCCCAGCUGCUGUCCAAGGCUUGAUGGAUGAUCCCCGGCGCAACAGGGCGUUAGUUCGCAAGGUUGACCUCAUUCUACUGCCUCUCCUGGCAGGAACCUACGUCCUGCAGUACAUCGACAAGUCAGCCCUGGCCUACUCGGCCGUCUUUGACCUCCUGCCGUCAACAAAUAUGACCAGUGAUCAGUACAGCUGGCUGGCCAGUAUCUUCUACUUUGCAUACCUGGUUGCCGAAUACCCCUGGAAUAUUGUUGCACAGAAAACCAGGUUGGCAAAGGUGGUUUCGGGCAACGUGGUCGCCUGGGGCGCCAUGCUGAUGAUCACCGCUGCCUGCUCGUCGUUCACGGGCAUGGCUAUCUGUCGCUUUCUGCUCGGAGUGUUCGAGGCCCCAAUUACUCCAUGCUUUAUGAUGAUUGUGGGCAUGUGGUAUACCCGUGCACAGCAACCCUUUCGCGCCGGAGUGUUCUAUAGUUGCAACGGGCUCGGAGCAAUGCUUGGUGGGCUGUUGACCUUCGGAAUUGGCCAAAUUAAGACUAUUGCAGUAUGGAAGGCAAUUUACCUCAUUCUAGGAGGCAUCACUGUGUGCUGGGGCUUCGUCAUGCUGUUCCUCCUGCCGGACGACAUCAUCUACGCGAAGCGUUUCAAGCUGGAGGAUAAAGCCCUACUGAUCGGACGGGGUCGACUAGGCCGGACAGGCAUCAUCAACCACCAAAUCAAAUGGUAUCAGAUCCGCGAAGCGCUGCUUGACCCGCAAGUAUGGAUCCUAUUCCUGUUCACUCUCUUCAACGAGACCGUCAACGGCGGCGUUGCCAACUUCGGCAAGCUCAUCAUCAAGGGCGUGGCCCAUGACCCGCUCUCCACGGUUGCGCUAGGCAUUCCUAUGGGCGCGUUCCAGAUCUGCUUUAUAUUGUCGGGAACUUAUUUUGCUUCUCGUUUUCGAGAUUCUCGGACGAUCGUCAUGGUCGUGUACCUCAUUCCAACCAUCAUCGGCGUCUCCCUCAUGUGGAGACUCUCGCACGAUACCCACAAAGUUGGCGUGCUAUUCAGUUACUAUAUCAUUGGGGCUUAUGUCUGCUCUCUGGUCCUGGCGUUGCAGAUGCCUGCCACGAACUUGGGUGGCUAUACUAAGCGCUCCACCGGCGUAGCCUUGGUUUUUCUGGCGUACUGCGCGGGCAACAUCAUCGGACCGCAUGCAUUCCUUGCAAAGGAGGCUCCGAAGUAUCAGACCGGGUGCAAGGUCAUCCUUGCUUGUUCGUGCACACAGGCGGCGCUGGCUGUCUGUCUGCGAUUGUUGCUAGUUCGCCGAAACAAGCAGAGAGAUGCGAUGGCAGACGCAGGCCAAACUGAAGCUCUCUCGGAAAUGGAUGAGUUAGCUGAUCUCACAGACUUUGAGAACCCGAACUUCCGCUACGUUCUUUGA